AUGGAUUCAGACAAUUCAGAGAAUUACGAUCAAGAAUUUUGGGAUUUGAUUGAAGAAGAAUUUAUGGACGACAGUGAUGAAGAACAACAGCUUCAGAAUGAACGUCAAUCUGGAAGUUCCUCUCGACCAAAGAGAAGAACAACGAUAGAUCGAGGUCGUGAAGAAGAGCACAAUCGAUUAUUCAAUGACUACUUCUCGGAAAAUCCAGUAUACACAGAUGUUCAAUUUCGAAGAAGGUUCCAUUAUGCAGCUGGCCAUCAUCAAAUUCGUAUCAAGUGA